CGGGUUUGCGGUCCGCGCUGGCGCCUGUGUCCGCCGCGGUGCCCUCUGCCAGUGCUGCGGUGGACGGCACUGCCGAGCUGCCGGCUGGUUCGGCUCCGCCUCCCCCGCCUGCCGCGGGGGCUGAGGCUGCGGCGCAGCGGGGCGCUGAGGUGUUUACCUUUAGCGCGACUGCUGACGCGGCCGGCGGGAGAUCGGUGGGUUCCCGUGGCCGCGGAUCCUCCCCAUCGGCUUUGUGGACCCUCCCCGCCUGCCAGGUGACCGUGCGUCCGAGGGACCACGGGCGGUUUUGGCAGGAGGUCCUAGAUAAGGCCGACGAGGUGUGCGACUCUGCUUCCUCGCAGCGUCUGCAGGAUCGCGGAGGAGGCUCCUCUGGCUCUGCUGAUGCUGCGGGGGCCGUGGUGUCAAGUGACGUUGCACUGCCCCGCAGUCAAGCGGCUGCCGCUGUCCCUGUGGAACCCACGGGACGGGACACGGCAGAUGAUGCAACCUUACCAGGGGAUCCCCAGGCUUUCCCUGUGCUCAGGGGUGUUACUCACAGCACGCAUCAGCCUUUAUCGUUUAAGAUACUGAAAGAAAUCCGUGAUACCGUUGCCCAGCAUGGUGUUGGAUCUGCUGAAGUUAUGCAGACGCUCCAAAUGCUUGCUGCUGACAUGCGGACACCUUCCAACAUCCGUUCUGUGGCACGUGCUCUUUUUGACCCUGUGCAGUUUGACGUUUUUGAGGACAAGUGGACUCGUUUGGUGGCCAGCGCAGUGCAAAGGAAUGCUACGCGGGGGCCUCAGGAUCCCAGGAGUGCGGUUGGCGCUGACAUGUUGCUGGGCACAGGCAGUUAUGCUGAUCCUCAGGAGCAAGCUGGAUACGGUCCCCUUGUGCUUGACCAGUGCCAGACGCUAGGCUUGGCAGCACUGGUUCAGACCCUGGGAAUGGCUGCUCCGCUGGAGCCGUUUGCGACCAUUGUCCAGGGGGUCGAUGAGCCUUUCAUGAAAUUUGCAGGGAGACUGACUGCCUCUGUGGAGAGGCAGUUAGCAGAUCCUGAGGCAAGGAGACUUGUGCUUGCGAACCUGGCCAGGAGCAACCGUAACGCGGACUGUAAGAGAGUCAUACGUGCUCUUCCUGGUGCAGCUACUGUCUCGCAGAUGGCAAAGGCCUGUGCAGACCUCAGCCCCUCGGUUCAAAAGAUGGCUGCCUGGGAUACUGCUGCACAGCCGGUCUGGGUGGUGCCGCAGGGCUGGCAGCAGCAGUGGGGGAAUGCUCGGGCCAGCACCAAAAAGGGGAAACGGCAAGUGGAGCGCGAAGGGGAAGCAUGCCCAGACACAAGUUCCUCUCCAGACCCCAGAGCCCAUAGAGGUUUGCUCAGCCAGCUUGCAGCCAGCACCUGCGGCUCAGCAGGUGUGGAUGUCUGCACAGCAGCAACAGUUGUUUUAGAAUCUUGUAAAAUACACAAGGUUCCCCUGGAUGCCUUUGGUCCCUUGGGUGAAGGUAUGAGUGCUUUCCUUAUGGGGAGGUCUAGUGCCACCCUUCAGGGCAUCAUUGUGCACCUGGGUCUCAUUGAUGCAGACUUCACAGGGCAGAUUUGUGCAAUGGUUUCCACACCCACCCCCCCUGUCACGAUCCCGAAGGGGACACGGCUUGCUCAACUUGUACCUUUUAAGUCUUCUGUUCACAGGACGGCUGACCGGCCGCGUGGGGCCAGCGGUUUUGGGUCCACUGGGCUGCCUCAAGUUCAAUGGACCGCUGUCCUGACCAAAGACCGUCCCGAGAUGUCAUGUACUCUGUCCAUCCCUGGUGUGACGCCGUCAGAGAUUUGCCUCCGUGGGCUUCUCGAUAGCGGCGCUGACGUCACGGUCUCUCCCUUGCCACCUGGCCUCUGGACUGGCCCCUGAAUACAGUGGAGACGUCUGUCGCAGGACUGGGGGGAACGGCGCGAUAUUACGUGAGCCAGCGGUCCGUGCCAGUCACGAACCCAGAGGGACAGACGGCCUGGGUUAGGCCGCAUGUUACUUCUACUCCUGCUAACGUCUGGGGGAAGGGAUGUUCUGUCUGCAUGGGGGGUGCGCACUGGGACGGGUUUUUGAUGGGGGCCACUGCGAUGAAGGGCGCAGUCCUUCGCCUCCUAUAUGGUGGCUGUGUCCUACGCCUCCUAUAUGGUGGCUGGUGGACACAGCUGUUUGGGAGAACCAGUGGCCCCUCCCUCAAGAUAAAUUGAGUGCCCUUCGAGAUCUAGUGCAGGAGCAGUUGGACCAGGGUCAUCUGGAGCCUUCUACCAGUCCCUGGAACACUCCUGUCUUCUGCAUCAAGAAGAAAUCUGGGAAAUUGAGGUUGUUACAAGACCUCCAAAAGGUCAAUACCAUGAUGGAAAGCAUGGGAGCAUUGCAGAUACUGGGGCAUGCUGGGUACCUUCGAAGUGUGUUCGCCCUGACCUGCAACUGCAGAGACAGAAUCCGGCCAACGGGCAACGUGGAAACCGUGACCAACCUGAAAGGCAUCAAGUGGGUGAAUCAUUGAGUGAUGACUCGGAUGCAGACGACGCGAGUGAUCACUCUGAUGAUUCCUCCAUGAAUGGACACUGAACAUUGUUCAUUUUUCUUUUCCUUUUUUUUUGUUUUUAAACUGAGAAGGGUGAAAUGUUGCCCUGAUUUUUUAAGAUUUUCUAAAGCCUUCUGAGUUUACAUUCUUGUAGAAAACUUUCUCACACAACUUUCUGUAAACAACCUAUUGUUUUGCAUUCCUUCAUAGAGGCAGAGAACUUUGAUGUACUGGUAGUUUGUCCAGUUUUGUUGGAGAGGUGGCAUGUUCACCCUCCAAUCCACUGGCACCUUUUGAGAACUAUAAAUGCUGGAGUCAGAGGAAAUAAAUUAGUCUUUUCAUCGUGA